AUGUUUCGGAUCAUCCCAGUUGAAUUGCAUAGCGGUGAAAAAAGGUUUACUGUGCUGGCUUUCCUGGACGAAGGUGCUUCGGUUACGUUGAUCGAAGAGAAGUUAGCGGAUCGACUCGGAAUCUUCGGUGUAGAGGAAAAACUUACCAUUAAAUGGACGACAGAUGUCUCGCGGGUCGAGAAGAACUCGAGAAAGCUGAGUUUGAGGGCGUCGGCUGUGGGAUCCAGUGACAAAAUACUUCUACGAACGGUUCGCACAGUGGGACAACUUAUGCUUCCUCGUCAAAAGCUAGAUGUCGGAGAUCUGGCAACGCAAUAUCCAUAUAUGCGUGGUUUGCCGAUCGCCUCGUAUGAUGGCCACCCAGAGAUACUUAUUGGGUUGAAUAACAUUCACUCCUUUGCGCCGUUAGAAGUAAGGAUGGGUUCCACUGUGGAGCCAAUCGCUGUGCGGUGUAGACUAGGCUGGACGGCCUACGGUCCAAAGCUAUUAGAUCCAGCGGGAGGAUAUGUUUUCUUUCAUCAGCAGAUCAGCAAUGAAGAUAUCCACGAUCUUCUGAAGCAGCACUACGCGCUAGAAGAGUCGGUGGUGGCCAAGACAGCGGAGUCAGCCGAGGACAAAAGAGCAAGAGAGAUAAUGGAAAGAACUACCAAACGCGUCGGAGAACGUUUUGAAACCGGUUUGCUUUGGAAAUCGGACUCUAUCGAAGAGUACCAACAGAAGGGGUACGCGCAUGUGGCAACGAAGAAGGAGUUGACUGAAACCGAUCCCAGCAAAACUUGGUAUCUCCCUAUUAAUGCCGUACUGAACCCAAAGAAACCGGGUAAGGUGCGCCUAGUCUGGGAUGCGGCGGCAACAGUGCAAGGAGUUUCACUCAACUCGCAGUUACUGAAAGGGCCCGAUCUGCUAGUGCCUCUGGUGACAGUACUUAUCGGUUUCCGAGAGAAAAGAAUUGCGAUUGGCGGUGAUCUUAGAGAAAUGUUCCACCAACUCAAGAUAAUUCGAAGCGACAGACAGGCUCAGCGGUUCCUGUUUAGAUUUAAUCCCGAAGAUGAACCGAUAGUUUAUGUGAUGGAUGUAGCGACGUUUGGGGCGACUUGUUCACCUAGUUCGGCGCAGUACGUCAAAAAUAUCAAUGCGGAGGAGUACGCCGAGCGAUACCCGGAAGCAGCGGCGGCAAUAAUCCAGCGGCAUUACGUCGACGACUAUUUCGACAGUGUCGAUACGAUCGAUGAAGCCGUAGAGAGGGCAAAACAGGUGGCACCGCUCAAGCGUCAGUCGAUACCCCGUUUAGAGUUGAUGGCGGCGUUGCUUGGCGCUCGAAUGAAUCAAACGAUCGUGGGAACUCAUUCCUUACAUAUUACUCGUUGUACCUUUUGGACCGAUUCUCGCACGGUGUGUUCCUGGCUUCAAUCUGACCAGUACAAAUUUAAACAGUUCGUAGCAUUCAGGGUAGGAGAAGUACUAGAACUGACGCGAGUCGGGGACUGGCGAUGGAUAUCGACAAAACAAAAUGUGGCUGACAUGCUGACUAAGUGGGGUCGUGGUCCGACGCUGCAAAGCGAGGGAGAGUGGUUCAGAGGGCCAUCAUUCUUGUACCUACCGGAAAAUCAAUGGCCAUCCGCAGAGAUUCCAUCCGAAGAGACUAGCGAGGAUAUAAGAGGUGUCGUAUUGUUUCACGAAGUGCUAGAAGUAGAAACGAUAUCAACCUGGAAAAGAUUGUUGAGAGUGGCGGCAACUGUAUUGAGAUUUGUGCACAAUUGUAGGCGGAAGCGUAAAGGGUUGGCGAUAUUAGUGGCAAAGGCGACGAUAAAACAGCAACAGUUGCUGAAGAUGCGGUAUAAGACGAGUAUAGAACCAUUGCGACAAGAAGAGCUAGCAGAAGCGGAGUUUUUAUGGAAACAAGCUCAGUGGGAUAGCUUUCCGGAUGAGAUGAGCGUGCUCACGAAAAACCUACAGCUGAAGCCAGGCCAGAAAGCAGAAAGAAUAGCGAAAAAUAGCUACAUCUACAAGUGUUCACCUGCUCUGGACCCAGAUGGCGUGCUAAGAGUAGACAGUAGAUUGGCGAAGGCCGAGAAUAUACCGUUGGCACAAAGGUACCCUGUUAUCCUAAGCCGUUUCCAUAACGUGACGAAGAAAAUUCUUCAAGAUUACCACGAAAAGUUCGGCCAUGCUAACGGAGAGACCGUAUUUAACGAAAUGCGAAAGAAGUUUGAGAUCCCGAAUUUGCGAACUGCCAUUCAGCAAGUGGCAAGGGAAUGUGUAUGGUGCAGAGUUCAUCGAUGUAUUCCACGAGCACCAAGAAUGGCUCCUCUGCCUGUGCAACGUGUCAGUGCUGGUAGAAGACCAUUUAGCGCAGUUGGCGUUGACUAUUUGGGGCCUGUGGAAGUGACCGUCGGACGAAGAAAAGAGAAACGAUGGGUUGCCGUUUUCACAUGUCUGGCUGUACGUGCAGUGCAUCUAGAAGUAGUCCAUACCCUGUCAACGCAAUCAUGUCUCCUGGCUUUAAGAAGAUUUUGCAGUCGAUAUGGCGAACCAGAGGAGAUAUUUUCCGAUAAUGGAACUUGUUUUCGAGGUGCUUGGAAUGAAAUUCAGAAGACAAAGAAGCAGAUAAACCGAGAGUGUGCAGAGCAAAUGAUCAGUCCUUCAACCGCUUGGUAUUUCAAUCCCCCUGGUACACCACACAUGGGCGGCAUCUGGGAACGGAUGGUGAGAUCCGUGAAGGAAGCGAUGAGAGCGUUACACGAUGGGAAGAAGCUUACUGACGAGAUUCUCAACACAACCGUUGCGGAAGUAGCGGACAUGAUUAACCUUCGUCGAGUUGGCAGGCGAGGAAGCUAUUACUCCGAACCACUUUCUUCGUGGAACAGUGACUAG